UGGUGGCCUUAGGACAGGAGGGAGAGGAACUGCAGCCUGUGCUACUUCACAACAAGUUAAGAAUUAACCAUUCCAAUGGGACAGCCCUUGGUCGUCCACGAAGUCUCUACUGCAGGAACUCAGAUCUGCCCAAAAGACCUCUCCGGCCCCCUCCCACCCUCUUUGCCCCCCAACAGAUGGAUGACGACAAGGCUCAAGACAACAUACGGACUUACACAGACAGAAGAUGGCUUCGGUUCAGCUCCAGGCCCUACUUCCAAGUCUACGUGCUCCUGGCCAUUUCUUUCCUGCUGAUUUGCGUUUACUUCAUUGUUGGACUUUCCAAAGUUUCAGCACUUUCAUUAGGACUGAGAGAACUGAACUCCGGGAUGCCAGUGCUACCCACAGGACUCGACGAUCAGUUGUUCCCCUGCGGGCCUGACACCAGACAGUGGGAGUAUUUCAACAGGAAGUGUUACUACUUUUCCUUAGAAACCGCUACUUGGAUGCGAGCCAAGACCCAAUGUGAAGAGAAGCAGUCUCAGCUGGUCAUCAUCAACAGCAUGGCUGAACAGAAUUUCCUUCAGACCCGGACCAAAAAUGACCGCUAUUGGAUGGGACUGACGGACAUGGAUGCAGAAGGAGUGUGGAGAUGGGUGGAUGGCAGUGAUUACAACACAGGCUUCAUGUACUGGAAGCCAGGGGAGCCCAAUGAUGACAGACGCAUCGAGGAUUGUGCUCACCUCUGGAGCAACGGUUUAUGGAACGAUGUCUACUGCACCUACCCAUGUUAUUACAUCUGUGAGAAGCCCAUGCCAAGCAUGACCAGAGCACAUCCUAGCAGGACCUAAGCCUUCCGUGAGAUGUUCUCUGGGCUUGUGUCAAGUGCCAUCAAGUCACUUCCAAUCCAUGGAGACCCUACGAAUGGAUGACCUCCAAAACAUACCGUCGUUAACAGCCUUGCUCAGGUCCGUGGCUUCCUUCACUGAGUCCAUCCAUCUUAUGUUGGGUCUUCCUCUUUCCCUGCUGCCUUUAACUUUCACAUCUUUUCGCAUUCACAUCUUUUCCAAUGACUCUUGCCUUCUCAUAAUGUGAUCAAAGUACGGUAACCUCAGAUUAGUCCUUUUAGCUUCCAGGAAGCAUUCAGGCUUUUUUGGGUAGCAGGACCUUCUUUGCAUAUUAGGCCACACCCCUCUUAUGUAGCCAGUCCUCCAAGAGCCAUGUGUCAGCAAUGCUGAUCCUUUGAAUUUAGGCACCAUUGCACUCAUUUCACAAGCCAGCUAGGUCAUGUUAAAGAUCCUACAAGCUAGGCUUCAGCAGUAUGUCGAUCGGGAACUACCAGAAGUUCAAGCUCUGUUUCGAAGAGGUAGAGGAACUAAAGAUCAAAUUGCCAACAUUCACUGGAUUAUGGAGAAACCACGGGAGUACCAGAAAAACGUCUAUUUCUGCAUCAUUGACUACGCUAAAGCCUUUGAUUGUGUGGAUCACAACAAACUGUGGCAAGUCCUUAAAGAGAUGGAAGUACCAGACCAUCUCACAUGUCUCCUGAGAAACCUGUAUAAGGGUCAAGAAGCAACUGUCAGAGUAGGAUAUGGAACAACUGAUUGGUUUACAAUAGGAAAAGGAGUUCGACAAGGAUGUAUAUUGUCACCCUGCUUAUUUAAUUUAUAUGCAGAGUACAUCAUGUGGAAUGCCAGCCUGGAUGAGGCACAAGCCAGAGUUGCCGGGGAAAACAUCAACAACCUCAGAUAUGCAGAUGGUACCACUCUAAUGGUAGAAAGUGAGGAGGACCUAAAGAACCUCUUGUUGAGGGUGAAAGAGGAGAGCACAAAAGUAGGCUUGAAACUCAACAUCAAAAAAACUAAGAUCAUGGCCCCAUCACUCCUUGGCAAAUAGAAGGGAAGACAUGGAAGUAGUGGCAGACUUCACAUUCCUGGGAUCCAAGAUCACUGCAGAUGGUGACUGUGUCCAUGAAAUUAAAAGACGUUUGCUCCUUGGGAGGACAGCUAUGGCGAACCUACACAGUAAAAUAAAAAGUAGAGAAUCACCCUGCCAACAAACACCCAUAUAGUCAAAGCUAUGGUAUUCCCAGUAGUAAUGUAUGGCUGUGAGAGCUGGACCAUAAGGAAGGCCGAGCGCAGAGGAAUAGAUGCCUUCGAGCUGUGGUGCUGGAGAAGACUCUUGAGAGUCCCUCGGACUGCAAGAAGAUCGAAUCAGUCAGUCCUAAGGGAAAUCAACCCAGACUGUUCCCUGGAAGGUCAGAUGCUGAAGCUGAAGCUCAAAUACUCUGGCCACCAAAUGAGAAGGGAGCACUCCCUGGAGAAGAUCCUGAUGCUGGGAAAGACAGAAGGCAAAAGAAGAAGGGGACGGCAAAAGAAGAGAUGGCUGGACAGCGUUACCGAUGUAACUAACAUGCAUUUGAGCAGACUUUGGAGGAUGGUGGAAGACAGGAGGGCCUGGCAUGACUUCAUCCAUGGGGUCGCAAAGAGUUGGACUUGACUGUGCGACUGAACAACAACAACAUUUGUGAGUUUCCUGCAGUGUGGACUAGAUGACCCUGGAGGUCACUUCUAACUAGGAUUCUAGAAUUCCAAGAGCUUACAGGGCUCUUCUUACAGGGGCCUACUGUAAGAUCCAGGAGGAUUGUCUCCAUCAGGGGUGUGUGGCCUAAUAUGCAAAGGAGUUCCUACUAUAAAAAAAGCCCUGUCUAGAACCCACUGAUUUGUCUUAUUUGGCAGUCCAUGGUAUCCAUAAAACUCUCCUCCAAUGCCCUAUUUGCAUUUAAUCAACUUUCUUUCUGCCCACCUUCUUCACUGUCCAACUUUCCCACCCAUGUAUAGUAAUAAAGAAUACUAUGGCAUGCAUUAUCGUGAUCUUGGUUGCCAGCGACACAUCCUUACGCCAUGGAGAAAAGAAACGCCUUGUCUCCAAAUCCCAAAUGGGCUCUAAUGCACUUUUUUUGGGGGGGAGGGAGGGGGGGAUAAUAUAAGUCAGGGCUUACUUCCUAGCAUGAACUCCUUUGCAUAUUAGGCCACACACCCCGAUGUAGCCAAUCCUCCGAGAGCUUACAGUAGGCCCUGUAAGAACCCUAAUAUACAAAGGAGUUCUGGCUAGAAAGCAAGCCCUGAUAUAAGUAAAGAUAAUACAUAAAAGUUCCAAAGAGGCCUUUGGCUCAUCAUUUUUAAAAGACUUUCAUUCUAAAAUGUGGCUGGGUGUUUUUGCAAAUUGUUUCCAACCGCUGAUUUUCAAAAUCAUUACUGAUUGCUGUGCACAUCUGUCAGGGUUUAACAAUGCCAUUCUGUAGCCAAACCGAUUGAAUCCAUGGUCAGCUUCCAUUUUGCACAGCAUAUUGUUUGGUUUGCAGCUUUUAAUAAAAUCCCCACUUUUCCUUUC